AUGACAGAUCCAACCACCGUGAUUAUGGAAGAGGAGGCCGAUGUGUUUAAUGGACGUGUAAUUAGUGUCCAAAUUACGACGAUUAAUUCUUCCGAAUGGACAGGAUUGACUGGGAGUCCGUUGAUCGCAGAGAUCAUAUAUAAACCGCGAGGGCGUGCGGCUGAACAAGCACUUUACUUGAUUCUCUUGCCUGACGUAAAUGGGGAUGAGGCAACCGAAGACGAUUCUAUGUUCACCCGCUUCCCAAUGCUUCUUAUUAAGGCACCGCAGAAGUUAGCUGAAAUUAUUUUCGAAUGGCUUCAGACAAGAUUUGAUUGCAGAAUAUGUCGAUACAGAUUACAAUCGACACAAUUGAGGUUUAUUACUGAAGAGUGGGCGAAGAAUGCAUUCGGACAGGAGCAACAUGAAGCAAACAAUGUCAAGUCACUUGAACUGAGUUACAGUCUUCCAAAUAUUGACGAGCUAAAAACAAUGACAGUGAAUAUACCAUUCGAAGACGUUAAAUGUAUAUACAAUGGGUGUAUGACAUCCUCAGAAACAGACAAGAAACUCAUGCAAGCCAUCGAACAUCAUAUCUUUCACAUAUCACGAAUCAAAUUGUCUUCAUUGGUACUCUCGCGUGUCGGAACAAAUGCGAUUUAUUUAGCUGGUGAAGGGAAAGCGAAAUUUUUCUUGUUGAAGGAUACGAAUACGACCGUAAAGAUACUCGAGCAGUUGAUUAUCAUGGCCAAGUAA